UCCAAGUGUUGAAUUGUCCAAGUUUGUGUGUGCAGGUAUUCUGGACUGGAAGUAAGGUUGUAUCUGAAACUAUUUCCGUUCACGAAAUACAACAGCUUCAACAGUUGAUAAAGCGGAAGCCUGUUCUGUGGGAUAACCUGCAUGCUAAUGAUUAUGACUUGCAGAAACUUUACCUAGGGCCUUAUACAGGAAGGGAUAGAACAGUUCCCCCUAAGGACUAUCUGAAUGGAUGUAUGACUAAUCCUAACUGCGAAUACUCCCUCAACACUCCUGCUUUUGUUACCUUGGCAGAAUGGAUUAAUAAUCCCGAUUGGGAUCCUUCAGGUAUUCCAGCGCAUGAGAUGGCUGUUAAAGAACUGUUGUCAGAGUCCAAUCUUCCUUCCCCUGGAUCUAACAGCUCACCAACCAAUCGGAAUGCUGAUGAGGCAUCGGAUGGACUUGAUGAGCAUGAUAUAGAUCUUAUCUGUCAAAUGUUCUGGCUUCCAUAUUCCCAUGGUCCAAAGAUGACUGAACUGAUAGAAAGCUUCAAGUACUGCAAAGAAAAUGCUGCUUCAAUGGUAAACUGGAAAGAAUGGGAACCAGGCCAGCAACCUGAUCUAGUAGAUGCCUGGAUAGACAAGGCAAUGUAUGUACACAAGAUAACAAAACAAGUUGGAAAGGUGUGUGAAAGAUUAAUGAAUAUUGAGAACAGAGAUCUGGCGUACGAUCUGACAGUUUAUAUCAACAAUGUACGGUGCAUUCUUAGCGCAUGCAACGCAUAUCUGAAGUGGGUUGGAUUACGAAACUGUUCUCCUCCGAUUAAGCAUGGUCCAACUCUCUCCGGGUUAGCUGGAGGACUGGCAGGGGAUCUUCUCAGGCUUUAUCCGAUACAAUCGCAGGAUAUGCUUCCUCUUAAGCGUUAUGUGAGCGGUACUGAUAACACUGUACUAGUUCUUCCUGUUAGAAAUCUACAGAAAGUGAUUCCUCAACUGACAGAUUCUCUUCAGCUUACAGAUUUCAAGGAUUAUUCCACGUGUUUAAGUUCAGCUCAACAGUCUUUUGUCUUCAAACACAAGGUCGGAAAUGUAACGAAGCAUGUGGGUCUUCUUAGUGUUUGGAUGUUAGAUAAUUACAAUGGAGAGCAAAAUGCCGUUCUCACAAAAAUUCUCCAAAUUUCCAAUGGCUCUAAAUACUCCAAGUUCAUCAAAAUAUUUCUCCCAGACGAGACAAAAUACUUGGACUCGGAUAUUUUUGAUCCAAUCUUUGACUGUAUUGGGUCAGAGGAUCCCCCUGAAGCUCAAGGUGGAGAUCCAAGGUCUAGUGUACUCCUAGGGGUUCUGGAGAAGAAUGAGUUUUUGCUCCGAUUUCUCCGUCUCUCCGGGUUCUCCGUCCUGGAACCUGGCCCUUGUAUUCCAGGAUUAAUUGUGAUGACUAAACAGUUUUAAAUCGGAAAUGAACAUUUUUACGUCAGCCAGCAUUUUUUUGCAUUUUGUAGCAACCAGGCAGUCUAAUUUAUGCAGAAUCUUAUUAUUAUUAUAUAUUAUAAUAAUAAUAAUUAUGAAAAUAAUAUAUUGGUGAAUGGUGAUCUUAAAUUUAAAAUUUUUUGUUUAACAUAUUGUUGCAUAUUAUAUAUGCUAAAAAUAAAUCUUUUUUUUACAAAU